GGCUCUAUGCUGGCCUUUCUCUCUACCCCUACCUCUAUAAAUCCCACCCUGUUCCUCCUCACACCAUGCACAACAACAACUACUAUAUAUUUCUCAUUAAUUAAUUCGAUCUCUCUUGAAUCCAUGGCUCGCCUUUUGCCUCUCCUCUCCUUUCUUUUGCUGGCUAUUGCAGUAGGAGCGAGUCAUGCAGCUUCGCCUGCAGAGGUCUACUGGCAGAGCGUCCUGCCCAACUCUCCCAUGCCGAGCGCAAUCCGCGACCUGCUGCUCUCUGGGAAAGUAAGCACCUCAGAGAACGUAGACGGAGUAGGCUCCGUGUUCUUCCUGGAGAAGGACCUGCACCCGGGCUCAAAGAUGACCCUGCAUUUCACCCGGACCACCUCCGCCGCACUCCUCCCGCGCCGCGUCUCUGACUCGGUCCCUUUCUCCUCCGCCAAGCUCCCGGAGAUACUCUCCCGCUUUUCCGUCGACGCCGCCUCUGCAAGGGCCGACGCCAUCAAGAGCACCCUCGCCGAGUGCGAGGCCCCAGCCCUCGCCGGCGAGGCCAAGCUCUGUGCCACCUCGCUCGAGUCCAUGGUCGACUUUGCCACCGCCAGCCUCGGCACCCGCGACUUACAGGCCGUGUCCACCGCUGUUGGCCGUGAGGGCACGCCGAAGCAGGCAUAUACGGUCGAGAGCGUAAAGAAGAUGUCCGCCCCAGGAUCCGAGCUGGUGGCGUGCCACGGCAUGAAGUACGCGUACGCGGUGUUCCACUGCCACACGACGACCGCGGCCGCCUACACCGUAUCGAUGGCGGGCGCCGACGGGACGAGGGUGAAGGCGCUCGCAGCGUGCCACACCGACGCGGCGGCCGGGGUCGAGGAGGCGUUCAAGAAGCUCAACGUCAAGCCCGGGAGCGUGCCGGUGUGCCACUUCCUUCCCCAGGAUGAUCUCCUGUGGAGCCGCAAUUAACAUGGCUGAUCAGGACAUGCGAAUUAUAACGUGUAAUGGACGGCUAUAGAUUAUAAUCCGGUCUGUGAUCCACGGUUUAUUGGGCCAGCUUAUUGGUGUACUAGCGUGUACGUGUGUUGUACUAUGUUUUCUGUGUCCAUGCAGACAUGGUUUGUCCUCGUCCAUAUCUAAACUGUAUCCAUGUUUCCUCUAUGUUAUAUAAAUAAGAAAACUUAUUUUAAAA